CGACUUACGCUUGCCGUAGAUGGCAGUAAGGUUAGUAAGACCUAUAAUCUUAAUAAUAUAGGCCUUAGUAGCCUCUUAGACGGCGAGGAGAGCGCUUACCUAGAAGCGAAUGUCCGAGCCGUAGACCUAGGCGACCUCGCGAACGAGUCUCUAGAAGGAGGCCUUAGGGAUAAGGAGAUCGGUCGUCUUCUAGUAGGCGCGGAUCUCGCGGAGAGCAACGGCUAUAUAAUUUAG